AUGUCUACUCCACAGGUGAAGAGCACUGUCCACAUCAUUCGCAACAAGCACGUCAUACCAGCGGAAUUUAAGCGUCCAUUCCCGAAGAUGUUGAGGAUAACUUUCACGGACAACGAUGCUACCGACUCCUCCAGCGACGAAGAACAACCUUUCAACUCUUCAAUGCGCCGCCAACGACAAAAGAAGUACGUGGGGGAGAUUAUUUUCGAGAGGCGCAAAGCCAAAAAGAGAAACUCUGGCACCACCGGCAAAGGCAAAGCUCCGGCGAGUCAGCAAGCAUCCUCCUCCUCCGGUAAGAAAUACCGUGGAGUGAGGCAGAGACAAUGGGGAAAAUGGGUUGCUGAGAUAAGAGACCCAUCAAGACGCAAACGGUUGUGGUUGGGAACACAUGACACAGCUGAGGAAGCUGCCAAGGCCUACAACCAAGCCGCCAUUAAGCUGCGCGGACCUGAUGCACUCAUCAAUAUCAUUGAGACACCAACCGCGGAGGUGCAGAGCUCGCCGGAGAAAACAAACCCGCCAGAGGUGGAAACUUCCAUGGCUACAAUGGACGGUUAA